CACUGCGGGAACGCCGUACUCAAUACUCGCUCGGACAGGUGCCUGACAAGCGUGCACCGAGGUCUCUGGUACGUUUGUCCCCAAGCCAGCUCAGAGAAGAAGAUGGAUGGGAGUUCUGGUCGUCUUCACCGUCGUCGUUCAACGUUGGUUUGGACUCUCCACAACUAGCGGCAGCCAAGUCACCCUCGCCGCCAUUGCCUCCAAGUGGGAACAAUGGCAAACGAUUGUACUGUGGUCUACACGCCUUCUACUCAUCUUUCUCCUCGUUGCUGGCGCGGGUCGAAACAUGAACAGCUCCCCUCGUUGCCUUUCGUGCCAAUCAUCCAGCCGAUUCCCGAUUUCCGCCCCCUAUCAAUGCGCAAUCGAUGGGUAGAGUGAAAUCAGAACUCGCGCAGAUGUUCCCUCCAACAGCAGCCGAUUCCGAAUCAUUUUGGCAAACGAUCAGAGUGAUGAAUGCAUCGGCUAGGUCAGCACCGACCC